UGUUGUAUUCGAUGUCUCGAGUGUGGUACUUGUGUGAGGCUGUACGUAUCCUGGACUUAACAUCGGUACUUUUAAGUACCGCACUGUCACCGUGGCUUGAGAGAUACGGCGUCUUCAAGUGACUAGAGGUCAAGUCACUGUGGACGGUGUUCAUACUGUAACACGGACAUUUUGUUUAGCUUUUAGCAGUGCUGACUCAUUUAAUUACUCAACGCGUUAAAUGAGUUAAAUUAUUCAUAUGACAUACUCGUUGUUUUAGUGUUCAUUUGUGAGAGUAGGACAUUAGACAUUGUGAGCAGAGACCACAUCAUGGUAGGCCAUUGCCAAACGUCUGAUACGUAUUCGGACUUUAUAAAAAGCCACUUGGAGAGUUUGAAGAUCAAGUGUGGUCAGUUUUCUGCGUGUAUCGACAAGUUGCUGGCGGAGGUGAGCGUGACGGUGCUGCUGUCAGGCGACAACAUCAGCCUCAACAAGACAUGCGGCCUCAUUCACAAAAACAGCCUAGGGAGCUACUCCACUCUGAAGGGGAACUGCACGCCGUCUGAGAGGGAGGACAUACGUGGGUACAUAGAGACGCACGUGGGUGAUGUCUACGAGACCAGGAGCGAGUGGAAAUCUCUGAGGAAAUGUCUGGAGUUGGAGUACGUUGGUCAGGACAUGUCGGAUCGUGUGGAGGCCAUUUGUGGUUUGGCCCAAAAGCACAAAGAAAUCUGCAACAGCUCCAACAUACACAACAUUAUGGAAACUUUCUUCAACGAGCAAAUCCAAAGCUUACAGUGUACCUGUAAAAAUCUGGAGCUUAUUGUAGAAGAUACAAUUCCUCUGCCUGUGUGGGUGGCUGCCGGUGUUUGUGGGCUUCUCCUGUUGAUUGCUAUAUUCACCGCCUGCUACUUUUGGAGGAGAAGUAGAACGUUAAAGAAAAGAGAAUCCAAGAGGACAGACUACACGCAGGGACAUAACUCCGACGUGCCGGUGUACCAGGAAGUCUACGACGAUUCGAACUUCCAGCCAAUUCUUGCGGCGACUCCCCCCUCCCUCCCCCUGAGGUACGUAACCAGCCCUCCCGCCUCCUUCGGCAAGGAGCCACACACGGACGAGUCUGGGUAUCUGGAGCCGGCUAAUGUUGGAUUUAUAUACAGGCCCAAACCCCCCGCCCCAAGGGAGUCACCGGACAGUCCCCCGACCUACAGCCAGUGCGAGCGGGAUGCAGAAGAGAAUGGAUACUUUAAUCCACUGCCGAGUCCAACUGACGGCGUGGAUGGUGGAUUUAAACCGCCGGAACACAACAAGAACACUACUGAUGGAGACACGGACCAAAAGCUUAGCUCUCCUGUAGAACAAGUCUCAAAACAAAAACCCAGCCCGGCAAAGAGAACAAAUAUAGCCGAUAAAAAGACGGAGUCUCAUUAUUUUGUACUGGAGAAGGAGCCAGACAUAAGUUAAAAGCGGGUCAAAUAGUGUUAUGCUAUUUUAUAAUUUUAUAAUUGUUAUAUUUUUUUUAUUUCUAAAAGGAAUGUAAAAUCUCAGUUACGUUUGGCUGAGCUGGUAGGUUACAAAAUCAAAAACAAUUACAAUAAAAAACGGAAACAAAUUAAAACUGUUGAACUUUUA